AGAAUGCGCAGCCGAUAUCCAUCGCGCUUGCGCCUCUCCAGGCUCUCCUGCUUACCGCGUGCAACCGGCAACGUGCUCUAUUACAAACGGCAACAGCUUCACCGCAUUAUCUCUCGUCCUUUUUCUCCCGCGAUUUAAAACCGUUCAAAUUUCCCAAGUUGAUUUAAUUGAAAGGAUUUCUGAGCAUUUAACCUGUUGAAUACUCGAGCGAAGAUGUCAGAUAGUGAAUUUGAAAACAGAGAUACAAAUACAGGACACGAAAAGGAAAAACCUAAGGAAAGAUAUAUUCCUCCAGAGCCAAGUGACGAUCAAGAGGUUUUGUUCGGAGGAGGUAUCUCAUCCGGUAUCAAUUUUGAUAAAUUUGACAAUAUUUCAGUGAAAGUGAGCGGUGAAGAUGUCGUACAACCGGUAAACAGUUUUGAAGAGUGUCAGUUCCGACAUUUGGUGGCAGAUAACCUGAAGAAAUCUGGCUAUAAAAAACCCACGCCGAUCCAAAAGUAUGCUUUCCCCUCUAUUAUGAAGGGGAGAGAUUUAAUGGCAUGUGCACAAACCGGGUCUGGAAAAACUGCUGCUUUCCUUGUGCCUAUUAUUAACUCUUUAUUAGCAGAAGGAUGUGAACCGAUUGUUUCGAAUGAAUUUGUCGAGCCUCAGGCUGUUAUUAUUAGCCCUGUGAGAGAACUGACAAUUCAGAUUUUCACAGAGGCUCGUAAGUUUGCUCAUGGAUCCACUAUUAAAUGUGCGAUCGCGUAUGGUGGCACUGUCGCCAUUCACCAAGCACAAAAAUUGAUGAGGGGAUGUCAUAUUUUAGUGGCUACCCCGGGUAGAAUCAAUGAUUUUGUAGAAAAAGGAAGGGUUUCAUUUGCUUCUGUACGGUUUUUUGUACUCGAUGAGGCUGAUAGAAUGCUAGAUAUGGGUUUUCUUCCAGCAAUAGAAAAAAUGUUGGAACAUCCUACAAUGGUGCCUGUGGGGCAGAGACAAACACUUAUGUUUUCUGCAACAUUUCCUGAAGAUAUUCAGAGACUUGCUUCUAAAUAUCUUAAUAAUUACUUGUUCAUUGCUGUUGGCAUUGUUGGUGGAGCUUGUUCUGACGUUGAACAAGUAAUUUAUGAGGUGAGCAAAUUUGAAAAGAAAGCGAAGCUAGUUGAAAUUCUCAGAACGUUUGAGGGAGAAAAGCAGCUUGCCCUUGUAUUUGUCGAGCAGAAAAGGACUGCUGAUUUUAUUGCAGCGUACCUUUCUGAAAAUAAUUUUCCUACUACAAGUAUUCAUGGUGAUAGGCUGCAAAGUCAACGAGAACAAGCAUUGUGUGAUUUCAAAUCUGGUUACAUGCCAACAUUAGUUGCCACAGCUGUUGCUGCCAGAGGCUUGGAUAUAAAAAAUGUUACUCAUGUUAUUAAUUAUGACAUGCCCAAAACUGUCGACGAAUAUGUACAUAGGAUUGGUCGAACUGGACGGGUUGGAAACAGGGGCAAAGCAACAUCUUUCUAUGAUGCAUCAUUUGACUUUCCCAUUGCAAAAGAUUUGAUCAAAAUUCUUCAACAAUGUGGUCAAGAAGUACCGUGCUUUCUUUCGGACAGUGCUCCAACUAGUGGUGGAUUUUUUAGAGGCAGAGAAUGCCAAGCAUAUGGUGGAAAGGAUGCUAGAAAGUUUAACAAUCGUAAUGAGGAAAAUGACAAUGAUGAUAAUGGCUUUGAGAACGACAAUCAACACAGCAAUAGCUUUGAGCCUGCUGCACAAGAAGAGGAAGAAUGUUGGUGAUUUUCAAGCAUCUUGACAUUUUUCCUCUUGGACAUAUAUUUUGAAAGGCAUUCAUUUUG